CGCCACGCUUCGGAUUGAUCAGUAUUCUUUCCGAGUUCUCAACGGUGUGUUUAGUUCCUUCGCCAGCACUUGUGCGCCGACCGCCAGGAACGUUAGUUCUAGCCGUUAUCCGCUUACCCGGUUGACUUUGAGCCAGAAGGUUUCACCCUAAAACAACACCAUGGCUGACGAAGAAGCAAAGAAGGCGAAACAGGCCGAAAUCGAGCGCAAGCGUGCCGAGGUGCGCAAGCGCAUGGAGGAAGCCUCCAAGGCCAAGAAGGCUAAGAAGGGCUUCAUGACUCCAGAGCGCAAGAAGAAGCUUCGGUUACUUCUGCGUAAGAAAGCCGCUGAGGAGCUCAAGAAAGAACAGGAGCGCAAGGCCGCCGAACGUCGGCGCAUCAUUGAGGAGCGUUGCGGCAAACCCAAGAACAUCGAGGAUGCCAACGAAGAGCAAGCGAGAAAGGUUCUGCGUGACUACCAUCAGCGUAUAAAUAACCUGGAGGAAGAGAAGUAUGAUCUUGAGUAUGUUGUGAAGAGGAAGGAUAUGGAGAUUUCCGACUUGAAUGCCCAGGUUAACGACCUGCGUGGCAAGUUCGUCAAGCCUACGCUCAAGAAGGUUUCGAAGUACGAAAACAAGUUCGCCAAGCUCCAGAAGAAGGCCGCCGAGUUCAACUUCCGCAACCAACUGAAGGUUGUCAAGAAGAAGGAAUUCACCUUGGAAGAGGAGGACAAGGAGGCAAAGAAAUCGGAGAAGGCUGACUGGCAGAAGAAGUAGGGGUGUGUAGCCGACAGCGUGAUAAACAAGAGGAAUCAACCGAAACCCCACAUAGAAUACCCACACCAGAAUACCUUUCAAAACCUUCUUUGGGCUUCACAGUAUAAGAACACGUCAUUAUUUACGCAAACUAUUACACCCGCGAUACCAAAGAAAACAUUAUUAAACUGCCCGGUUACCGCCCUAAUCGUUAAUAAUGAAAUGCAAAAUAAUCAAACAUCGCUGCAUGUAAAGAUUAAAUAAACACGGAAGUUAUAUACUUGGAAAAAAAGGGAAGCACAUCUUUUAUCUAGUCCACAACCUCUACUUCCGAGCACUCAGGUUGAGCAUACGCAUGAAUGUAUGUUUAGCAAUGUGGUUGCGGUUUGCAUUUUUAACGAGUUUGAAGAACCGCGCUCAUUCGGAAUUGGACAGAAGUCUAACGAGCUUAGGAUUAAGAUUUAAUCAGCAGAAUGCCCUUUGCUAUAUACCAUACCACAUACAAUAUUGGUAAAAACAACAAAUACAUAAAACAACAGGUAAAUGAUCUUUAACUAUCACAAUUCGUCACUAUGUUGUACGUAUCCAGCACAGCUAAACCAGAAGCUAAAGUUUUCAGUUAAUGAAUCUCAUCUCACAAGAUUAAAUAAAAUGCACACCCACCUUUCCUCAUAACACAGACGAUUUGAGGGACUGCAUCCUGACCAAUGUGAAUGGCGGAUUGAGGUCUUCAAAUUUUCGUGGCAAAAUUUAGUAACAAAUACCUUGCUCCCAUUCGAUCUCAUCAAUGUUCAUUGAAAUUUAAACUUAAUCUUUAUGAUUUACUAAUUCGCUGUUCUUUCUUUUUUCAUUACUUUAUUGUUAACCAUCGUCCGCCGGAUUGAAUGAAUCGCUUGAUGGGACCUCUCCA